CAUAGUAUUCCAUGGUGUAUAUGUGCCACAUUUUCUUUAUCCAGUCUAUCAUUGAUGGGCAUUUGAGUUGGCUCCCAAUCUUUGCUAUUGUGAACAGUGCUGCAAUAAAUAUACAUGUGCAUCUGUCUUUAUAGUAGAAUGAUUUAUAAUCCUUUGGGUAUAUACCCAGUAAUAAGAUUGUUGGGUCAAAUGGUAUUUCUGGUUCUAGAUCCUUGAGGAAUCACCACACUGUCUUCCACAAUGGUUGAACUAAUUUACACUCCCAUCAACAGUGUAAAAGCAUUCCUAUUUCUCCACAUCCUUUCCAGCAUCUGUUGUUUCCUGACUUUUAAAUGACUGCCAUUCUAACUGGCAUUUAUGGUGUCUCAUUGUGGUUUUGAUUUGCAUUUCUCUAAUGACCAGUGAUGAUGAGCUUUUUUUUCAUGUUUGUUGGCUGCAUAAAUGUCUUCUUUUGAGAAGUGUUUGUUCAUAUCCUUCACCCACUUUUUGAUGGGGUUUUUUUUUCUUGUAAAUUUAAGUUAUUUUAAAACUGAAUGCAAAUGGAAACAAAUGCAAAAUCCAACUGUUUUUUAAAUCAACAAAAUAACCACUCUGGGGAAAGAGAAAAUCCAAGUAGCUUUGGAAUGCUGUCUGAUAUGGUUGGGCUGUGACCCCAACCAAAUCUCACCUGGAAUUGUAAUAAUCCCCACUUGUCAAGGACGGGACGAGGUGAAGAUAAUUGAAUCAUGGUGAUGGUUUCCCCCAAGCUGUUCUCAUGAUAGUGAGUUCUCACGAGAUACCAUGGUUUUAUAAGGGGCUUCCCACAUUGCUGGGCACUCAUUCUCUCUCCUGUCACCCUGUGAAGAGGUGCCUUUCUCCAUGAGUGCAAGUUUCCGGAGGCCUCCCCAGCCAUGCAGAACUGUGAGUCAAUUAAAUCUGUUUCCUUUAUAAAUUACCCAAUCUUGAGCAGUUCUUUAUAGGAGUGUGAGAAUGGACUAAUACACUUUGACCAUAUAAUGCCAGUAGGGAAAAAAAGACCAAUAAAUAUUCUGAUCCUUUUAGUAGAUUUGUUUUUCAUAGGGAUAUGGGUAGAGCAACUCUGAGUCAAAUUUAUGUUUAUUGUAAGAUUGAAUGAAUGGGUAAAUAUAUUGAUGUCUUGCGAGUUACAGACAUUGCAUUUUGGAAGGAGAGACAGAAACAUGGAAUGAAGAAGAGCAGGAAAGGCAAGACAGAACUCCUUGGGGUUUGGAUUGAAAUUAGAGGUAUCCGUACUAACUCACACUUUUCAGCAGUUAUACACACAGACACACACAGACACACAGACACACACACACACACACACGUAUAUCUUAGUUUUUUUCCUUUCCAAGCAACCAGAAACCGCCCAAAUCAUUCCCCACUAAAGAGAACCAGGGCUCCCUGGAGAAAUGAUGAAUUCCAAGGGUGGGCUGAAAUGGUACAAGGUGUGCUGGGAACAUUUUGUCGUGCCAGAAAGUAAGGUGCUCAUAAGAUGAUGGGAACAUGCCAAAAAGACACAGGAACCAGCCUAAAUGAGCUCCUACUGCUAAAAUCUGGGACAAUUUGAGCAUCACAAUAAAGACCAUGAUGAAUUAUAAUCUAUUGAAUAAAACAGGAACACCUAAGUCCAUGCUGAUAGCAAAAAGAUGACACACAAGAAAGACUGGAAAAUCAUAAUUUUGCAACUUAUUAUUUACUUUAUUAUUACUAUUAUACUUUAUACUAUUAUAACUUUAGUAAAGAUCAUUUUAUAUAAGAAUCAUCAAUAGAUGCCAAAUUUAUAGGAGUUUGAUUAAGGAGGUGAUUAAGGAGGUUAUAUGCAUGGUCUUAGUGUCUUUUCCCAGAAUGCUUAUUCACUGCAAGAGCAAAAAAGUAACUAUAUAGUGGAGAAUAUAUCUUGGACAGUACCUUGACCAGGUUAUCAAAUUUAGUAUCACCAAAGAGAGGCAUACUGACAUCCUCUACCUCUGAAUGUGACUUCCUGAGAAGUUCAUGACCUCGCUUAUGUACCAUUCUAGCCACAACUAUUACGGAAAUCUCAUCAAGAGGAAAUAUCAGACAAACCCAAACUGAGAAAUAUUCUAUAAAAUACCUCGUGUAUAUUCUUAACAAAAUUUCCAUGCCAUAAAAGACAAAGAAAGGCUGAAUAAUUGUUCCAGAUUAAAAUGAAAUAAAUAAUUGUUCCAGGGAGUGAGAAGUUUUUCCGUGCUGUGUAGGGGCUAACAAUGGACACCCAGAAGGAUGUUCAAUCUCCAAAGCAGCAACCAAUGAUAUAUAUCUGUGGAGAGUGUCACACAGAAAAUGAAAUAAAAUCUAGGGAUCCAAUCAGAUGCAGAGAAUGUGGAUACAGAAUAAUGUACAAGAAAAGGACUAAAAGAUUGGUCAUUUUUGAUGCUCGAUGAAUGCUGGGAAUUCAGAGGAAUGUCUUCACUUACACUUGGAUUUGCUCUCUUCACACUUCUGAUUGUUGUAUAGCUUUCGAUUUUGCUUACAGUAGUUCCCCUUAUCUUCGGGGGAUACAUUCCAAGGCCCCCAGUGAACUCCUGAAACCUCAAGUAGUACCAAACCUUUAUACACUGUUUUAUAUAUAUAUAUAUAUAUAUAUAUAUGAUAAAGUAUAAUGUAUAAAUUAAGCAUAGCAAGAGAUUAAUAAUAAUGUAAUAGAAAAAUGAUAACAUACUGUAAUAAAAGUUACGUGAAUAUGGUUGGUCUCUCUUGCUUUCAAAAUAUCUUCUUGUACAGUACUCACCUAUUUUAGAAUGUGGUUGACUACACGUAACUGAAACCACAGAAAGGGAAACUUUGGAUGAGGGGGGCACUACUGUACUUAGGAAUACAACUAUAUACAUAUGAUUUUAUUUUUAAGACCAUAUUAUAUUUGGGUAUCUACUAAUAUUUUGUAUAAAGCAAUUUUUUGUUUCAUUACAUGACUUUUUGUUUUAUUGUAUAUGUAAUCUGAUACACAAUAAAGGGUAAAGUUGCUUCCCCAAACCACACUUUUAAGCAAAACCUAGAAUCAUCUGCAGUCCUUGUUAAAAAUGCAGGUUUCUAGAACCCUCCGAAGCUCUGAUUAAAUAAAUUUAUUGCAAACCAUUAAAAAAAAAAUUGUUCCACAUUAACAUGAAAUAAAGAGAAGUGAAAAGUAAAUGCAAUAAAGUACACUUUUGGGACAUCUGGCCAAUUUGGAAUCGGGACUAUAAAUAAAUGUAUUGUUAUCACUGCUAAUGUUCCUGAAUAUACUGUGUUUACAUAAGAGAAAACUCUUAUUCUUAGGAAAUAUACACUGAUGUAUUAAGGGGUAAGGGACAUAAUGCAUUCAAUUCACCCUCACACGAUUCAGAAAAAGAUAAGUUAUAUUACGCAUAUAUGUAUGUGUAUAUGUAUAUAUGUAUGUGUAUAUUUCCGGGGAAAUGGGUAAAACAAAUGUGCUAAAAUGGCAAAAGUUGGUGAAUCUGGCUAAAGUGAUACGGUGUCCUCAUUAUUAUUCUUGCAACAAUUCUUUAGAACUGAAAUAAUUUAAAAAUGAAAGGUUGAAAAAUUUGCCUUUUCCAGAUAAACUUUGGAAUCAUUUUGUCUAUGGUCUGUAAUAAUAACUUUAUUGUAGUACAUUAAAUCUACAUGGUGUUUUGGCAAGAAGUGACAUCAUUGUAACAGCAUUUCCAAAGAGGCACAUAAUUCUCAUCAUUUAUUCAGAUAUUUUAUUUCCCUUAUUAGUAUUUAAUUCUGCCUUCAUUAUCAAUCCCUGGACACUGGUGUUGAGUCAUAGUUGUUGAAUAUGUUUUAUUGCUAUUUUGCAUGUCCAGUGUCUUACUGUAAGAGUUUUUUUCAGUUAAUUCUCUUGGGAUUAGGUGAUUAUAUCUUACACAAAUGAUGAAAAAUGUAUCUUUAUCCUUUCAAUUUUCAUCCCUUCUCUCUCAUAAGAGUAGUGGUGGUGACAGGGAGCAUUUUAGUGUUUCAGAUUUUAAUGAGAAUAUUGUCAGUGUUUUAAUAUAAAAAUACGAGAAAUUUGUUUGAGAUAUUUUUAUCAUGUAAGUAAUGUCUUUCCAAUUCUAGUUUUCUAAAAGUUUCUACAAAUAAAAUUUUUAAAAGUUUUAAUAAAACGUUGAUUCUAUAUCCAAUUAAGAUGGUCACAUGUUUAUUUUUGUUGUUGUUGUUUUGUUUUUGACAUGGAGUCUUGCUCUGUCACACAGGCUGGAGUGCAGUGGCAUGAUCUCAGCUCACUGCAACCUCUGCCUCCCAGGUUCAAGCGAUUCUACUGCCUCAGCCUCCUGAGUAGCUGGGAUUACAGGAGUGAGCCACGUGCCUGGCCCAUAUGUUCAUUUUUCACUUCUCUAAUACUCUGAUUAUAUAUUAUAAUAGAUUCCCAAAUAUUAAAAUAAUUCUACAUGCUUGAAAUAAUCUCUACGUGAUCAUAGUACACUUAAGACAAUAUUGUAUAAUUCUCUGACAGUACCUGAUCUAUGAUAUGGGCAUCUUUGUCACAGAUGAGACUGGCCUACAGUUUUAUUAUGUAUGUUUUAUCAGGUUUUGGUAUCAGGCUUACAUUAAACCUAAGCUUGAAUUUUUUUCUCUCAUAUUAAUAAAAAUGUCUGGGUAAAGUAACUGACAGUGUUCAUACCACAUACUGAGUGGCGAUCAUCAAUAUGUGUUUAGAAAACUAGGAAGAGGAACAUUUGUAAAUAAUUUCUUACCUUCUAUUCUAGGUCAUCUCUGUAUAAUUUUAAUCUUUGGAACAAGUUAUUUGUCAAUCAACAUUAGUACUAUAAAAAACAAAUAGCUUUGCUGUUUCCUUAGUGAAGUGAAUUUCUCCGUAGGAGACAUUGUUUAAGUACAGAAAUGACAGCACAAUAUUGUUUUACUGGGAAUAUAUGCUGCCAAGGCUUAAAGUCCAUUUUGGAUAAUUCAGGUAAGUAUUGCUAUUAUUUUUUAACAAGAUCUCAACCUAACUGUGUUUACUUUUAGUACUUCAGUAUUCAUCUGGUUCUAAUAUAGAUGCUAGGCAUCUAAAUUCAAGCCUAGGAAUUUAAAUAAAUUUUAGCUUUUUUUUUUUUCUUUUUUUUUUGAGAUGGAGU